GAGUUUGGGGCUUCUAUGGUCAAUGUUGAUGGAAAACAGAUUAAAUUACAAAUCUGGGAUACAGCCGGGCAAGAAUCCUUCUGUUCUAUCACCUGUUUCUACUACAGGGGAGCAGAGGGAUCACUCCUUGUGUAUGACAUUACAAGGCGUGAAACUUUCAAUCACCUGACCUCAUGGUUAGAAGACGCCCGCCAACACUCCAGCUCCAAUAUGGUUAUCAUGCUAAUUGGGAAUAAGAGUGAUUUAGAGUCCCAUAGGGAUGUGAAGAGAGAGGAAGGAGAGGCCUUUGCUUGGGUGCAUGGAUUAAUAUUCAUGGAAACUUCAGCCAAAAGUGCCUUUAAUGUUGAAGAGGCCUUCAUUAACUCAGCCAAAGAAAUCUAUAGGAAGAUCCAACAGGGUUUAUUUGAUUUUCACAAUGAGGCAAAUGGCAUCAAGAUUGGGCCCCAGCAGUCAAUUUUAACAUCAGCCGGACUGGAUGCCUGCCAGCGGAACUCUCGGGAUGUGGGGUCUGACUCCGGCUGCUGCUAA